CGGCUCAAAGCGCAGGUUCCUUCUCUUCUCCCCGUUUGCUUGGAGGAUUGAUAGACGAGGUUCGUCCGGAGAUACAGCCUCGGCCACUCCGCGGAUGGCAUGACGGGCCCGCCGCCGCUCCCGUUGCACCUCCACUGCACGCUUCGAGCGCAUUCGGGACCCAUUCAUGUGGCGCGCCUCAACUCCUUUGGCCGCUAUCUCUUGACUGGCGGAGCCGACCGGCAGAUCCACCUCUUUAAUGCUUCGUCUGCCUCGUCGAGUGGGCCGCCCAUCAAGACGUACAAUUCCCACAAUGGCACGGUGCAGGCCCUCGACAUCUCGCCCGACAAUGCGCGCUUCCUAUCCGGCGGCGAGGACCGCAACGUGUACCUCUACGACGUCGCCAAGGGUCUCGUCCUCCGCCGCUUCUCGGCCCACCACGGUGCCAUCAAUGCGCUCGCCUUUGCAGGCGAGCAGGGCGCUGCACUGGUCGCCGCCGCAGGCUUCGACACGACGCUGCGCUUCUACGACCUCAGGGCACAGGGCGCAUGGAGGCCCAUCAUGGAAUGCAAAGAGGCAAAGGAUGCGAUUCUCUGCAUGGCUAUUCGCGACGCAAAUGUCUGGACCGGAUCCGUCGACGGCGUCGUCAGGACCUACGACCUCAGAAAGGGAGAGCUGAGGGAAGAUACGAUUGACCGUCCCAUCACUUCACUGACACCGUCGACUACGCAGACAACACUCCUGGUCAGCUGCCUCGCAAGGGAAGGCGGCGGGGAUGGCGAGCAAGCGACGCACUCGCUCCUGGACCUCUCCGACGGCACCCAUCUCCAGACGAUCCAGGGAGGGCCCAACCGGCAGUACCGCUGCCGAUCCACGCUCUGGUCAUCCGACUCGACAGUCAUUGCCGGUGAUGAGACAGGCUGCGUACGGGCAUGGGACAUUGUCACAGGCCAAGAAAGGCGGGUGGCGGGUGGAGACGAGCACAAGGAACACGCAAAGGCCACGCUCUGGGUCGAAGGAACCGACAAGGAUGGAGGAAAGCUCGUCAGCGCGGGCGCAGACGGCGUAGUCAAGGUCUGGGGCGUGCAGCCAUCGUGAUCAGCCGUCCACGCCCGCCCCCGGUCCGUGCUCCAUCCAACCCAUCUACUUGUACAGUACAGUACUCACUUGGCACGCUUCCGUUUUCAAUCGACAAGCAACAAAGGCGGGGCUUGAACGGCCUUAGCUCGAUUUGAAGUGGGUCCUUUUUGUAAUACUAUCAUUAUUCAAUCUCUCGUCUCAAAAAGAAAUAGUGAAUGAAAGCGAC